AUGUCAGAACCCAUCACGCUCAAUGUUGGAGGAAAACUCUAUACCACCUCUCUGUCUACCCUGACUAGUUUCCCAGACUCCAUGCUGGGGGCCAUGUUUAGUGGGAAGAUCCCAACCAAGAAGGACAGCCAAGGCAACUGCUUUAUCGACAGAGAUGGCAAAAUCUUCCGCUAUAUCCUGAACUUCUUACGAACUUCUCACUUGGACCUCCCUGAAGACUUUCAGGAAAUGGGCUUACUUCGACGGGAGGUAGAUUUUUAUCAAAUUCAGCCACUGAUUGAGGCCUUGCAGGAGAAGGAGGUGGAGCUUUCUAAAGCUGAGAAAAAUGCCAUGCUCAACAUCACCCUCGAUCAGAAGACCCAGACUGUUCACUUCACCGUCCGAGAAGCACCCCAGAUCUACAGCCUGUCUUCCUCCAACAUGGAAGUGUUCAGUGCUCAUAUCUUCUCUACAUCAUGCCUGUUCCUGAAGCUUCUCGGUUCCAAACUUUACUAUUACUUCAACGGAAACCUCUCUUCAAUAUCCAGCUACCUGCAGGACCCCAACCAUUUGACCUUGGAUUGGGUUGCAAGUGUGGAAGGCCUUCCUGAAGAGGAGUACACCAGGCAGAACUUAAAGAGACUUUGGGUGGUGCCAGACAAUAAGCAAAUCAAUAGUUUCCAGGUGUUUGUGGAAGAAGUGCUAAAAAUAGCCAUGAGUGAUGGUUUCUGCAUAGAUUCUUCUCACCCACAUACUUCAGAUUUCAUGAAUAAUAAGAUUAUUCGCCUAAUUCGGUACAAGUAG